AUGUUUGUGAUGAUUAAUGCAACGGACAAUCCAUGGAUGGUGGCGCUGCUGCUGUUUGUGCAGGUGGUGAUGCCGUUACUGCAGAGUAAUGCUGCGGAUAAUGAGGGCGCGUCACUUGCACUUAACGUUGCCAUCCUUUUUCUGCUUGGCCUCUCGCUCUUGACCUUUUGGAAGGCCACGCGCUUCUGUCGCGUUCUCUACCAGCUCCGCGGGCAGCACCCUGAAAUGGGCUGGGUGGCCUUCUUCCGAGAGGCAUAUACGCAAGUGGCAGCGGUAGCAGCUCAGCGUGACGCACACAAUCCGAACCGAGGGACACAGGAGAACAUGCGCUCCGAGACGUUUAACCGUACAUUGCGCACUAUUCAGGUAAUGCCCACGGAAGAAUUUAAGACGCCAGAGGAGCUCAAGGAAGCGAGCAUUGCCGAUUUAAAACAACGACUCGAGCGUCGCGACGUAGACUUCACUGGCUGUGUUGAGCGUCAGGAACUGGUAGAACUGCUGGUAAAGUACAGGGGAGGACCGUCUAAUAAUGAUACUUGCUGUAUCUGUUGCGACGAGUACGAGACGGGCGAUGUGCUGCGUCUAUUGCGCAAGUGCAAGCACGAAUUUCAUCUCGAGUGUCUGGACAAGUGGGCGUUCACAUCAGUGAACUUGCAGCGAGUUCCUUCCUGUCCACUUUCCGCUGCCUUCUCGACACAAACUGCUAGCUCCACUCCUGUCCCUAUUUUGCUGUCGUAUGGUGAUGGAUUUCUGGGUGCUCUGGGCACGGGAAACUACGAAAAUGUACUACGUCCUACACCGCUGCCCACGACAACUGGUUUGUCUGUCAAGUCGAUUUCUGUUGGCUGGGCUCACGCUGGUUUUGUAACAAAUGACGGAGACGCCUACAUAUAUGGACGUACGCAUUCGUUCCGUGACGUCAUUCGCACUACUAACAUGCAGCGUAUACUUCCAAAGAUCGUGUGGUGGAUGAACAACUUUACGCGCGCGCGCGGGGUGGAUACACUGGAGCCAGCACUAUUGGAGCUAUCUGAAGGAGAGCGAGUUAAGAAGAUCGUGUGUUCGACGGCAUUGACGUUUCUGCUGACGGAGAGUGGUAAACUGUUUACUCUGGGUGCUAAUGGCUACGGCCAGUGCGGAAUUGGCGAGGAAAGCGUCAGUGUUCAGCUGCCGGUCCACGUGGAUAUUGAUGGUGACGAGAUUGUGGAUAUUGCUGCAGGCUACCAGCAUGGACUUGCGGUGACCAAAGAUGGCACAGUAUUUACGUGGGGCAAGGGCGAGCGUGGCCAACUUGGUUUCGGCACUGGCAAUGUCGAUGCUCCUCAGGAAGUGAUUGCUCUCAAGGGCAAAAAGAUUGCUAUAGUGGGUGCUGGGUUUAACUACUCUUGCGCUGUUUCGGAGGACGGCGAGUUGUACAUGUGGGGUAAACUACUAAACCCGAAGGCAAAAAAAGAUGAGAGCAGCGUUGAUCAGAUUGUCCCGCGACUUGUACGAACAAGUGACGCUGUGAAGCUCUUCAAGUGCAGCCAGUUCCACACGACUUUCAUUACGGCUGACGACAAGAUCUGGCUAGUAGGUCGCACGCCUUCGGGUCGUCAAGAAAGUAACGACUUUUUCCACGUGGCAUCGCAGAUGCACACGACUCCGCUGCAGAUUACCAACGAUCAAGUUGUUCGUGCAAAGGACAUUGUGGAGAUUGGCAAGGGCGUGGAUAAGUCUUCUUUUGUUACUGCUGACGGUCGCGCGUACGAAUGGAAUUUUGAAUCCGGAAUACAUCAAGUGAAAGAGCUCACCGAUUUUAAAGUGGUAUCGUUAGAAAGUGGGUUUCACUAUCGCCUCUUGCUCGCGCAGUCCAAAAAGUAG